AUGUUAACACUUACGAACGUUACUUGGCUAGACCUAUGUCUCUCUUGUAUCGGAGUGUAUCUGUUGAAACAGAUAUUCUCCGAGAAGAACCCUGUACCAUAUCCCCCUGGUCCUCCGGGGCGACCUUUCAUUGGGAACUAUGGUGAUAUCUCGCAUGUCGAGGUUCUAGGUCAACACAUCAUGGUGCUGAACUCUGUCAAUACUGCGAUGGAAAUGCUAGACAAGAAGAGUUCUUUGUAUUCUGACCGUCCUGUUCUUCCUAUGGGUGGUGAACUUGCUGGCUGGAAACACAUUCUGGCUCUUCUCCCUUACGGUGAACGUUUUCGUGAAUACCGCAAGAAUUUCCACCGCAUCAUUGGAAGUCGCGCCGCAAUGGAUAUCUACCACCAAACCGAGGAGAUUGAGACCCACCGAUUCCUGAAGCGUGUACUAGCGAACCCCGACCAGCUGCAGGCACAUAUUCGACAUACCGCUGGCGCAAUCGUUCUGCACAUCUCUCAUGGUUAUGAAGUGAAUGAGAACAAUGAUCCCUUCAUCGAGCUUGCAGACCGCGCUCUCGACCAAUUCUCUCGGUCCACUGCUCCAGGUGCUUUCAUGGUUGACAUAAUGCCAUUCUUGGCCAAGGUCCCCGAGUGGUUCCCAGGCGCUGGCUUCAAGCGCAUGGCCCGUGAAUGGCAUGAGACCGUCGAUGAGAUGGUUGAUGCACCGUACAAGUUCGUCAAGGAUCAGAUGGCUGCUGGAUUUGCCCCCAGAUCUUUCACCUCAAAUCUGUUGGAUGGCCGUACUUUGUCUGCGGAAGAGGAUCACAUUGUGAAAUGGUCUGCUGCAUCUCUAUACGCCGGUGGUGCCGACACGACCGUUUCCGCAAUAUACUCGCUUUUCCUGGCUAUGAUACUGUUUCCUGAUGCGCAGAAGAACGCCCAGGCUGAAAUAGACACAGUAAUUGGUCCUGAUCGCCUUCCCUCCUUCGCUGAUCGCCAGUCUCUCCCCUACACUGAGGCGCUUGCCAAGGAAGUCCACCGCUGGAAUGCUGUCGCUCCUACCGCCGUUCCUCACCGUCUCACUGAGGAUGACAUGCAUGACGGCUACUACAUCCCAAAAGGCUCCUUGAUAAUACCGAACAUUUGGUUCAUGCUCAAUGAUCCACAGACAUAUGCUAACCCCUCAGAGUUCAACCCUGAACGCUACUUAGCCAAGGAUGGAAAAGAACCUGAGACCGACCCUCGCACGAUCUGCUUCGGCUUUGGUAGACGUAUCUGCCCAGGUAUGCACAACCACAGAAGGAACACGACAGCUUGCACCUCAGCUGAUGCGUCCGUCUGGAUAUCUAUCGCUAGUGUUGUCGAGAAUGGUAUUGAGAUCACCCCUGAGGUUGACCCCUCAUCGGGUACAAUCAGCCACCCCAAGCCCUUCAAGUGCUCUAUUAAGCCUCGUUCCGCAAAAGCCCUUGACCUCAUUCAGCAAGAUGCUAACUACUGAGUGCACGAAGAUGUAUCUGGAGAAAUGGAUACGUCCUAGCGAUUGUUAUUCCUAUCGUCUAUCAAUUUGUAUUUUGAGCUCGCAAGCAGCCACGGCAGGUCGUGAUUGCGAUCGUAGCUUGUUGAAGUCAUUUACAAACCGUAAGUUCAUGAUCUGACUAUACUCCACUAGUCUGGGUUCCAGAAGUGUGAUCAGCAUUCUGGCAAAAUUCAAGGUAAGUAAAUUAGCUUGAAGGUAAUACAAUGCAACCAGGGGUGGCAGCAGCGAAUUUAGUGGACGUUGAACGUUGAAUGACUUCCGAAC